CAUUAAGAGUGAUUUGGAAUGCAUGUAGCCGACCUUUGUCGACGAAGGUAACGUUACUGCAUUUGCAACCCCUUGAAGAUUACAGUGACUGCUCACCAUCACAGCCAACGGAAACGUCAUGAUUGCUUCAUACAGCAGCGCUCCCUGGUCUUCAGCUGAGCCGUGCAGUGAUUCAACAAAAGUCACCGUUUAACUGAUUUUCUUCACCGUUUAACUGAUUUCUCGUCGGUAAGUAUGUGUUACCCGGCUGCACUUGGGAUCAAGGACCUCUCCCUAUAUCUUCUGAAGUAAUCGCAAUGCAACAACAUAAUGUAUGCAGUGAACCAGGCAAUUCCUGUCCACUCCACACGCUCUAAGUAUGUGGUUGGUGGUGGGAGAGGACUCGGAGCAUCUCAUAUUGUCUUUGGAAGUCUUCUCUUAACCUUUGGCAUCGCAGGGAGUGUGAUCAACACAGCUUCCUACUUUGCUGGAACCCCAAUAUGGACCGGUCUUAUGUACCUGGUGACAGGAAUCUUGGGAGUUGUGUCCAGCCACAGGCACACCAAGUGCACGGUGGUGGGGUUCCUGGUGAUGUCAUGUGUCUGUCUCCUGAUGGUCCUGUCUGGAAUAGCAUCAGCCAGCGCUGCCAUCAGUACGGAACCUUGGAACACCUUCCCAGGACCUAUAGGCUGUUGGUAUGAUUGGGACACAGAACGGAAUGUCUGCAAGCAUCUUAAUCUGGCCAGAUCCCUGGUUGACGCCAUAGUCCUCCUGUGUACCCUGGUGGAGCUAGGCCUGUGUAUCGCUUCUGUAACUGUCACUGCCUACACACUGACCAACGGGUGCUGUAAUUGCUGUGGGAAUCCAGGGAACACCCAACAACCCUACCAGGUUCUCAGUGACAUUGGUCCACAUGGCAAUGUGCAGGCCCCUCCCCAGAGCAUUGUUCAGUUUGACAGCAGGACGGCCCAGGUAGUUUCCCACCCAGGACAGCCGUUUCUGGGGCCACAGGGAGGUACUGAGCAAGGUGCAGCAGGAGCAGGUGGGCAUGUUGUCCUGGCAGGUGCUCAACCCCCACAGAGGAUGGAGCUGCAGCCGCAGAGUGAAGCUCCAGGUUCAGGUCCGCCCACCAGCCCCCCUCCUGUAUACAGCACUGGCCAAUAAAGUCAAUGUCGUAUGCAGUCUUGUUUUUCACUGAUUAGACCACACUUGUUUAAGGGAUGAUAUUCACAUUUUGGCAGUUAAAAAGAUACAAAUCACAUGUUGAUUUUAUUCUAAACAUAUAAUAUAUUGAGCAAAUUCUGUCAUUCAGGCAUUAAAGGUUCAAAUCCUUCCUGUGCAUAUUGUGAGGGAUGUCACUUAUAAUGCAUUCCAAUGGAGACUUAAAAAGCCAGCAGCCCUGAGUAUGGGGAACAUUCAGGCUUUAGCCUUAUGCAUAGAACAAAUGAGAAAUGCUGUGGAACUGGUAAAUUCAGCAUUCAAACACAUAGAACAUGAUACAUAUCGGAUAAUGGUCAUUCCAUGGUUCAAUUACAGAAGGGAGUCAUGAGCCUGUUUAUAUGUUUAUAGUGUUGUGGACCUGACCUUUUGCAAUGUAUUCUAAAAAAAGUUUUGGAAGUAAGAAAAUAUCUAAGAUCAUAUGAAUGUAGCUAUGGAAUGCAGUAGAAUUUAUAAUGUUACAUAGUAAAACUAGAACUAUUCAAUCAUCUAGGACCCUGAACUUUUAUACAAUAUUUAAUGCUACAUACAUGUACUUAUCACAUGUACAAGUACAUUAUGUUAUACUAUAGAACUUUUCUAUUGCAUCCUUUUAUAUCAUAUCUUCAUACCAUAUAUAUCUUUUGCAUAACCUUUUAAAGGUUAAUAAAACCUAUAAUAAUACAUGAUAUUGUUUUGAGCCAUAGUGGAGAAAAUGUAGUAUUAGAUGAUUGUUGAAUGUUACAUUGUAUUUGCAACACUUAGUGGGGCAAAAUGCACAUGAAGUUCAUGCAAUUUAUGAUUUACAGGGACAGUAUCCUAUAUUAUGAUGACCCCUUUACUCUAUCAUUGUAUCUGUUCUUCUUUGUUAAUCAUUAUAUCAUUUGGCAAUAA